AUGGCUGAACAGGAGCCCAACUGUGCCACUAACCAGGCACAAUCUGAGACCCAAAACCGACCUCAGAAUGAGGGUCAAGGAUCAGCUUCAGGAUCCCGGGGAGGUUCACGUGGAGGACGCCGUAGGGGAAGAGGAGGACGUAGUCGCGGUCAGCGACAAGAUGGUCCAGCACAAGGACCUGGAGGUCGUGGAAACACCUCCCAGACAGAAUCUACCACAGCACCCGCCACCGCUCCUACAGAGCCAGCAGCUUCUGCCGCACCUGAAAGCUCAGGAAAUCCCAGAAACAGACGGAACCGAAGAGGAAACAGAGGUGCUGCCCGAGGUGCUGCCCGAGGCUCAGUCGAGCAAAGUAGAGGUGUUUUCACAAUGGGGCCUCGACGACAAUUUGGUGGCCGAUUAACCACCAACGAGCAAUCAUCAGACGCAGCUGACCAGGACGCAUCCUUGCGUGCUAAUGCCCCAGAAUUUGUCCCUGGACAGCCAGCGCCUCAAAGAGGCAACGGACAACAAUCCUCAGGUGCAGGUGAAUCUCAAUCUGCAGCACAGCCUCGUUCGAGAGGAAACCGCACAAAGAAUCGGAAGCAAGACAGACCUCGUCAAGAGGUUCCCAAGUCCACUGCCUCCGAACUUUGGCAACGAAUUCAAGAAGACAUCGCCAAUUGGAACUACGAAUGUCGAAUUUGUACCGAGGAGCUCUGCGGAAAGGCAAAGCCUCUCUGCGGUCACUCAUGCCAGAGUGUCUGCCAUGGUCAGACUGCCUGUAACGAAUCCACAGCCUGUCAGGUGAAAAUGACAGUCAAAUGCCCUUGCGGUAACCAUAAGAAGGAGUUCAAGUGCCUGACUAGCACGAGCAACCCAACUCCCAAUCGUCCGGAAGUCCGAUGUGACGAGGAAUGCGAACGCCUUGACCGUAACCGCCGCCUUGCUGCGGCUCUUAACAUUGACCCGGCUACGCAUACCAACGACCACGUUCCGUUCUCAGACGACACUCUCAAGCUGUACAAGCAGUUCUCCAAAUGGGGUGACGAGCAAGAGAGCCAGUACCGAGUCUUUGCAGCCAACAAAGAUGAGGUCCGCCUGAGAUACGAGCCUAUGAAAAACGUCUCACGCCAGUUCCUUCAUCUUCUUGCUGAGGACUUUGGCUUUGAGAGCAAGAGUGAGGAUCACGACAUUCAUCGAUCUGUACUUGUUUGGAAGACGGACAAGUUCGUCUCAGCGCCCCCAAAGACACUCUCACAAUGUGUAAAGAUUAGAGCCACACAAGCUGCUGAAGCUGCGGCUGCAGCGGCAAUUCGACCACCCAGUCCACCAGUAUUGGAGACAGAGCCUUUCAACGCACUGGUACUCACCGAGCCCCGGUUUGGGUUGACAAACGAUGAUGUCAAUACUGCUCUUGCUGCGGACCUCUCAUCACUACAAGGGUUCUCAUUCAAGGUUGACUUUCUCAACGACGAAGUCCUUAUCAAGGCUACGGUCUCAUACUCGGCGUUUCUCACACCUGCUCCUAUAGAGAAGAGCCUCGAAGUCCUCAAGCCCCGCAUCGAGCAAACGAUUCGCCGCGAGAAGCUCGCCGAGAACGUGCUGCUCUGUCAUUCAGACGUCAACGGCGCCAUCACCCGUCGCGAAGUGCCACGCCGAGCUGGUGCCGGAGGAUGGAGUGCUGUGGCCGGACGCGCGGCGUCUAAGCCAGGAUCAUCAUCCGCGACAGAAGAGGCUAAGCCUGGGCGCAAACUACUUGGACUCAAGAAGAAGAAGCUACAGGUGGAAGCAGGAAAGGUGUGGGCUGCUCUUGAUGGAGACGUUGAAUGCUAG